AUGGACUUCGACAGGCGCCUAGGAACUGUCUAUGUUGACGAUAUUAUAGUUAUUGGAAACUCGAACACAGAGAUUGAUGAUGUGGUUCGACAACUGGACGUUGCAUUUUCAUUAAAAGACCUGGGAGAGCGCAGUUAUUUCCUUGGGAUUGAGAUUGAAAGAUGCGGAGGAACGUUGGUACUAAGCCAACACAAGUUUAUUCUUGAGCUGUUGACAAGAACAGGCAUGGAAAAAGCUGGUCCAGUAAUAACACCUAUGGUGUUAAGCAAGUUACAAUCAGAGGUUGGCACGCUUGAGUAUGUGUUAGUGAUAGCCCCGUAUGGAGUGAAUAUAAAGAUAAUAGCCUUUGCAGAUGAAGAUUGGGGUGAUAAUCUUGAUGAUAGAAAGUCCAUAUCUGGGUAUUGUGUGUUUGUAGGGGAUAACCUAGUGUCCUAG